AGCGGAAGUAAACAACACAAGUGCCCGUCGUUCUUUCAGCUGAAACUAAGCAACGAUGUGUCCAGUUGAGUCUCUGAGAGAGUUUGUCACCGAGCGACUAACUGCUGCUGCUGAAGAAAUCGUCCGAGCAGUUGAAGACACUAUCGCCGAGUACAAGGAGGAGAUCGCUCGGCAGCGCAGACUGCUGCAGCUCGUUGGGACACCCGAAGUCAAGUUACACAGGAUAGAGUUCCCACAGCAACAUGUUUGUAAGGAGGAGGACAUUCUCGCUGAGGACCCAGAGCUUCCACAGAUUAAAGAGGAACAAGAGGAACUGUGCACCAGUCAGGAGGGAGAGCCGCUUGUACUGAAGCAGGAGACUGAAAGUGACCACAGUGAAGGUCAGACUAUGACCUUUAAUCCUGAUGAUGACCCUCUAAGUGCAGCAGAGAAAGAGCAUGUAGCUAACAUGCCAGUUAUAACCUCUGUGGUAUCACAAUCAAACAGUGACCACCAGCUCCUCCCUAAUGAGGCUCAGAGCCAAGAUCAGAAAGGUGUGAAGACUCAUGGAGACUCAGGAUCAUUUAGAAGUGCAGAGCCAGAUCCAAAAAAGAGACAUCACAAGAGGAGUUGUCACAGUAACAAUGUAAACAACACUGACUUGUCAGAGAUACACCGUAAUACUAAAACAGGUAAAAAGUCUUUCAUAUGUGACUCAUGUGGGAAAGUCUUUAAGUAUAAUUCAGCAUUUCAGAGACACUUGAGAGUCCACACAGGUGAGAAGCCAUAUUCUUGCAAAACAUGUGGAAAAGAUUUUGACGUAAAAAUCACUUGGAAAUUCACAUGAGAACCCAUACAGAUGAGAAGCCGUACGUUUGCAAGACCUGAUGGCAAAGAUAUUGUGACACUUCAAUGUAAAUAAGGCAUAUGAGAACCCACACUGGUGAAAAUCUAAACUAAUAUUGAUCCCUGGCCACUGUAGUCUUCAUGUCAAAGUAGCCUUGGGCAAGUCACUCAACCCCAAAUUGCUCUUGUUGGCUGUGCCGUUGGUGUAUGAAUGUGUGUGAAUGUUUAUCCCGUGAGCAGGUGGCACCUUGUAUAGUAGCUAGAGUAAGAAUGUAUGUGAAUGGUGCCAGUACUGUGUAAACCACUUUGUUCCUAAUGAUGUAAACCUUAUGCUUGUUGGUUUUAAAAAAUGUCCAUUUACAAAGUAUCUCAGUAUCGCUUGUAGUUUAAAGUUUAAAAAAAACUUAAAAUCCAUGUGCCUCAAGUAUUUGAUAGUUCCAUAUGAAGCUUCUUGCACAUCUUUGCAAGAAGUUUUUUUAUUAUUGUAUAAUUAAUUCUAUUAAAUGGGAAUGUGCUUUUUUUGCUAUUUUUAAAUACUAGCUUUUGUUUCUGACAAGAUUCUGAACAUUUUUGUAUGAUAAAUGACAAAUGAUUGAAUGUUUUUGAUAGACUGUUUUGAAGAGUGUAAUUAACUAUGGAAUGACUAUAUGGUUUGGAACCUUGUAUAUCUAUAUUUAUUACUUUAUUUUUAUUAUAAUUGUUAUUGUUAUCAAAAUAAGUUAAUGAUUAUUUGGUAAAGAAAUAAGUAUGGGUAAACAAAUCAACAGAACUGUAAUGAAACAUGUAACAAGUGUAUUGAUGCGGCUUUGUUUUAAAGGCUGACUGUGCUCAGUUAGUACAAUGGCAUGUUAGAAAGCACAGCCUAAACGAUUUCUCAUAAACUAGCUAAGU